AUGUUGCCGAUAUCCCUCCAAAAUAUUGCGUACGUGUCAGCUCUGCGACGAGCUCUUCAGGCUGCGUGGGAAGAGCAGCAGAGACUCCUAGCCGUUGCGAUGGCCAACAGUGAAAGAGCCGAUGAGGAGAAAAUGGAAUCGACCGACGAUAAACCGAAGAAGUCAAGUUUCUCUGUGAAGGACAUUCUGGAUCUUCCCACUGAGAAUCCGACUGCCAACGGGCAAGAGGAGAAAAUCUCCUCCUCGCAUGAAUGCGACGACGAAGACGAACCCGACAGCAACAGGAACAACAAACAGCUGGUCAAAGCUGAGUUAGUGGAGAAUAAUAAGGAGCCGAAGAAGAGCGAUCCGAUCUCGCCCCAGAGCGGGAGUACGUCCCCCCAACGACAGAGCCCACAGGAUCUCAAGAACGGAGCCGCCGUCUUCAACGGAACUAUAUCCCCAGCAGAGUUCCCGCAUCCGAUCGAACUACGCAGAUUCGAUUUGCCUUUCGGGAGAUUCCGCGGUGGCCCGUUCGAGGUUGACAAGCACUUCAUGAUGGGAAGCCUCAACGAGAGAAGCUCACCAACCUCCGAGGAUCAGAACGAUGAUAAGCUCAUCGAGGUCGAAGACAACGAUUCGAAUGGUGAAGAGAGCGACCAUUCCUCAGCAAACAAUGACCCCAACACCAAGUUCAACCUCAACUUCGAUCAUCAACUGCCGGGAGGCGUGCAGAAGAAGCGCAAACGUCGAGUGCUGUUUUCGAAAGCACAGACCUACGAGCUAGAGCGACGUUUCAAACAACAGCGCUACCUCUCUGCGCCUGAAAGAGAACAUCUAGCGUCGAUGAUUAGGCUGACACCGACUCAAGUGAAAAUCUGGUUCCAGAAUCACAGGUACAAGACGAGACGCGCCCGUCAAGAAGGAGGCUACGGUGAACCGCAAGUCGGAGCAAUGUUGAAUUCGCCUUCCUCCAGCCAAAGCAGUAAUCCGUUGCCAUCUCCACGACGAGUUGCCGUGCCCGUACUCGUCCGCGACGGCCAGAGAUGUCCCGAAGGUGCUGUGGACAUGGCGGCCUAUCUGAACGCGGCGGCACACUAUCCCGGACUUCCACCGCCAGACGCUCGCUGGUGGUCGUAA